AUGCAAAACUACUCUUUAUCCAAGAAUCUGCUUGGUCUAAUCCCCCCUGCUCUAAAUGCUGUUCAAGAUGUACUCCUUCAGUACACAAUACCAGCAGCGCGCAAAGGAAACAUCCAGAUUAUCUGGUUGAACUGGGGUAUCACAGAGGAGGACCUUCCAUCAAUACCGCCCGCAUGUAUGCGUGUGUUUGGUUGGAGAGCAAAUUGUAACGCUAACGACUAUGGUUUGUCUUCACGGCGUCAUGAGGCGGGCAGGGCCACGAUAGAAUGCGGCGAAGUACCUCGUCCUGGGGCACCUGGAACCGACCUUGGUCGAGUUGUGCUGGAGAGUGGAGAUGAGGUUGACGCUGGUCGAGCAUUGAUGAGAGGUACAUGGAAUGCAGAGUUGUACGACUCCUUCCGGGCUUCGUUCAAAAAAGGUCAGACUGCCUCCCGGCCAGAUGUACUCAUCCACAAGAACAGAAACUCCGGCCUAUACGACUCGUUUUGCAAUUGUACCCAGUACCUGAACCAGGCAGGCAUCCGGACCCUGUUGUUUGCAGGGAUGAACACGGACCAGUGCGUCAUGUCUAGCUUACAAGACGCACAUUCCCGUGGAUACGAUACAAUUAUGCUCAGAGACGCUUGCGCCACUGAUAGCCCCAGCUAUGCAACUCAAAGUGCAGAGUACAACUUAUGCAGAAAUUGGGGUUUCUUAUCGGACUCAAAGGCAUUAGCUGAUGCAGUUGAGCUCAACAAGUCUGAAUAA